AUGAAAUUCAACACCGUUGUUGUCGCAAUCGCUGCUCUAUCUGCUGCCGCUUCGGCCGCUAACUCUUCUAACAGCUCUUCUUCGUCCAAGGGUGACGCUGGUGCUUUGUCGGUAGGUCUUUCCGCCGUCGGUGCCGCUGCUGCGGGCGCCGUUGCGUUGUUGUUGUGA